AUGGAACCGAGUUGUCCGAUUUAUAUCGCAGUUCCCUUAGAGGUCUUAUUUGUUCUCAUUGUGAUGACUAAUAGCUGUGUGUGCCUGCUAGUUUACUUGUACACAAGCCUGCGCACCUACACAAAUGGAUUAGUGGUGUCCCUUGCAGUGUCAGACAUUCUCACAGGUGCUCUAGUGUUACCAUUGUACAUUGCAGAUGUAAAGUUCGAUGGGACAGCUUACAUAGUCUCUGCAAUUAUGCUAACUGGGGUUGCGAAUCAGUGUGCAGUGACUCUCGACAGAUAUCUGGCAAUAAAAAGGCCAUUUAUUUAUCAUGCUGUCAUGGCGAAACACUUUUGGAAGCUGAUUGCUGCGUGUUGGGUACUUCCAGUGGUCAUCUCCAUCAUACCUCUUAUCUACAACUUAUCGACAAUGAAUUUCUCUGCCCACAGAAUAUACAUUUUUUUGAUGCAGGGUCUAUGUGUUAUUGUGCCAUAUAUCUUUAUCUUCACAGCAUACUACCAGAUUUAUCAACAAGCAAGGUUAAUUGUUCAAAGAAUACGUAGAGAAAGCAGUCUUAGCUGGCGGAGCGAGGACAGGAAAAGAGGCAAAAAAAUCUCAAAAGACCCGUCUUCGGAGGCAAAAGUUGCCAAAAUGUUUUCCGUCAUCGCAUUCUCCUUUAUCUUAAGUUGGCUGCCAGUUAUUUAUCUUACAAGUGUUCUAGCUGCUGUUAAACACGACAUAAAAUUAGCAGACCCACUGUCUCCGCUGUGGCUACAGCAUUCUUCACUGUUUACUGUUGCACUUGGGUCCAUGGUUAACCCGAUAAUCUACUCCUUUUUUAAGCCGGAUUUUCGACGCAUCUUGAAAAAGUUAUUCCGAAAGGCGACACUAAAACGCAAACAAGAAAACCAUAUUUUUACUAACUUGACGUCAGUUGGAGAAAAGUUAGAAACUGGCAGUCACGGUCAAGAAACAGAUGUGUAAAAUUGAGUGCUUUCCAUUGGCCGAACUGGGAACGCUACCUCACGAGUCUGUUGAUUAUAUUGUUUUAAAAGCUUUCCCACAUAUCUGUUAGGUUAUAUCUAAUGGCCGCACUCAUUACAGUCACCACACUGUUUUGAUAUCGUGGAGAAAAUAAAGACAAAUCAGAGAACAGAAGUUAUGCAAUAAAACGGUAGAUUAGACAUGAUAACAUUGCACUGACAUCAGAGAGAAAAUGGGCAACAGCGCAUGUGCACUUAACCUUGAAACUGACACUACGAAAGUAAUCAGUGCUAAUUUUGUUAGAUAAGAAAUGUUUUUACAAAGUGUGUUUAUUGGAACUGACCCAACAAAAAAUAAAACUAAAGGUAAAUAAACUAUAGUUCUAAUCGAUUGGUUGAAUCAAUUAGAGAUACUUCAACAUAUGAUCGUGUUAAUAAGGGGCCGACCAUUUAACUCUUGAGGGUGGGGGUGGGUGAUUUCUGGUCAUCAAGAAUUUUUUUUUCUAGCAAUCUGGUGGGCAGGAUAUUUUUUUCCCUUUUUUUCCCUUAAGCUCUUUAUUACAUUUGUGCUGCAUGCAAUUUUUUUCUUCCGACAAGCGCUUGCAGGAAAUUUUUUUUCAAAAUCACCCACCCCCCUCAAGAGUUAAAUGGUCGGCCCCUAACGCCGUAGAAUUUCGUCAAAUCUUUCAACGUCUGAGAAAAGUACGGGAAAUGAUUUUAUGCAAUUUUGCACAUCUGCGGCGUUAUUGGCACAGCCUGCAGCAGAACAUCGCCAAUAUAUACGAAUAUUUUAGUUAUUAUCUGAAUUUAUUGCCUUAAAUAGGGUCAUUUAUCUUUCCAGAUUUGCCUAGACGUGAUCGCGGUACGGUUCGUUGAUGAUAAUGUUUUUUUAGUGGGUGGUCGAGGUUUCCUCCAUUGCCCUUUCAUCGCCACGUUUAGAAUAAAAAUUCUAAAUAUUUGUGUUUAAUUAGAAGUAUUGAAUACAUUUAGCAGAUGCUCAAGUUCUUUUUUUAGGGUAGAAUUUUCCUAUACGACGUAAUGAAAACAGAGACCCAGCUUCUUGCUAAUAACAAUCGACCCGAGCAAUCUAAUGCUCAGAAAACAAAAAUUGAUAAGAUAAUUGUAAACUACAGAAUUACUGAUGUCUUCAUACAAGUUAGAUUUCUGAAGAUCUGUACUCCAUCUUGUCUUUAUUUUCUUUUCAAAACCUUAAGAUUAGCUUCUUUUGUCAUUGUAAAUAUACAGUCGAAUUCCCCAGUUUAGGAUUUCAAAUAAUUCACGUCUCACUUCUGAGGAGUCAUUUGGUAGAGUUGGGUCAGAGUUAGCAUUUCUCGGCUUGCAAGGUGGUAAGAGCUGCACAGACACUGAGAAACCACUUUUUUUAGACAACUCUGGUUUUGUGCCUAAUGAGACCCUGAUGUAUUUUUUCUCCGGUUUAUCGUUUAACUUAUGCGCUUACUUACAACCAAGAGAGGAUAAAGAUCACAUGUAAAACUAGUAGUUAAAAUUACAACGCAUUCUGACUUCGAUUAAGACACAAAUGUGGUACUAUAACGAGUUCUAUGGGAAUGGCGAAUCUGUUCUAUCCUUUGAAUUACGUUACGUUCUAAGAGGAGACGAAAAAAUAUAUGAAAAUAAAUACCGAAAUAUUUUGUAAAAAAUGCCAUUUUUAUUCAUUUAUCUUGUUCCCCCGACUCCCGAGUUAGUCGCAAUUUUAAUUUGUCGCGAACUAAAGAUAUCAAUUCGCCAACUGGAAUUUAUGUUUAAUACCGGUGUUGAUUUAAAGAUAGCAUUUUUCUUUAAUGAUGAUAUGGUUUAGUGCAAAAUGAUGACGAGAAGACUGAAAUAAACCAUAUAAAUUGUCCAAAUUCGAAAACUGCAGUCUUUCUCCCACUAAGGACAAUUAGAGUUACUUGACUUACUCUGUAAGUCUUGAAAUUCUAACCUCAAACUUAUAAACUCUGAAUUAUAAAUUAUUGUCGGAACAUUAUUUCGUUAGUUUCCACAUGUUAAAGUGCCAAAUAGUAAUAGAUCUCAGAAGGGCAACUAUAGAUCACUGAAAGGACGGUUUAGAAGGUCAAGUUAGUCUUUUUAUGUGGGCAGAAUACGAUGAGUGAUCUUGUACUGGAACAUUAUUAGUUUUCUUUGUGACAUUGAUAGGUAAAAGAGGCAAACUUUGCUCAGGCUGUUAUUUGUUCUCCAUUAUUGUAUGAGUUUCGUUUCUGUUGUGUUGCGAGAUAACUCGUCCAAAGGGAGGAGUUAUGAAACAGAGCAUUGCAUCUUAUCGAGUCACUAUUAGGGUCGGAACAGAGGAACAAUGAGUGAUAAUGGGUUACGGUUUAAUAGUUGUCGUUGUUUUUUUUUUUGUUUGUUUGUUUGUUUGUUUGUCUGUUCGUUUGUUCUCCACGAGGAAGGAAUAAACGGAAGGAUUCCAUAGUACUGUAGAAAAGCUAAUAUACGCAAUCUAUAUGAUUGCACCUUUUGUGAUCUGUGCCGGCCGGAAUGACAGUUCUCACAUACUAACCACGGCUUCUAAAAAAAGUUUUCACCGGAUGAAUAAAUACCUGGUAGCGCUUUUAAUUUCACAGUUUUACUGACAUUCUUGUUGAAAAUUGCUUUCAACGGGUCAUGUUUCGUUAUCAUUUUUCCCUAGAUUGUUAAGACAAACAUAUAGUGUUCCCCAGAAUGAUAGUCGUCUUUCAGGCCCUUAGAGAGGCGAGCAAAGUCAUGUGAUCGCAAGAUAAAAAAAAACGAGCUAUAUAGGACUGGCUCGCUUUUCAUAUCGAGAGUCGUGAACCUUCAGGCGAUCAGAAUUAAAGUUUAGAUCUUUAGAAUAUAUAUUUUUCAUAUACUGCUUACUUCCGGAGACGACCACGAACGUGUUAAAGACGUUAUAGCAACGGGGGGAUGAAAUAAGGAUGUGAAAGUGUUUGCGAAUAAUGGAUGAGAUGGAUUGUAGCUUACAGACGUAGUAGCAACCAGCUUGCCUCAAUGAUUUUCUAGUUAGAGCCAAACUUUGCAAUCUCACAUAACACAACCAGCCCCGGGGCUCAUACCCAUACGGAAAAACUGUCUCACUUGUAAAUACAUAUCUGACGGACAAACUUCAUACACAUUCCACGCUACAGCCGAAACCAGACCUAUCACUAAUAACAUUGACUGUAACUCCAAAAACGUCAUUUACAUAAUACAAAGCAACCACUGCUCCAAACAAUACAUAGGUGAAACCAAACGACGUCUCAAAGAACGCUUCAACGAGCAGCGCUGACCAGUUGACAACCCAUCUAAUAUCUCUAAAACCACCACAGUCUCAAAACACUUUCUUACUAAUUAUCACUCUGCUAACGACAUCACACUUGUCCCACUAGAGCUCAUUAAAUCUUAUAGAGACAGUGUGCGAAAAGCUAGAGAGAGAGGUAAAAUUCUUGAACCAUUAGGUAUGAGUAAGAAAGAUGAAAUAUCAUACAGCCUUUAUUUCUUCUAUUUGUUAUAAUUCAUUUAUACUAUUUUUACAUUUCUAAUUUCUUUCCCAUCACUACUUCAACGGUUUUUCAUUUAAAUUCUCACGUGUUAUUAUUUAACAAUUAAUGAAUGAGGCUGAGUAUCUUAAUAUGAAGAAUUACGGAGAUCGAGGAGGGUGUUACGGCCUCGACGGAUAACACUCUCCUCGAUCUACAUAAUUCUUCAUAUGAUACGAGAGCCGAAUUCAAUAAUUGUUUUAUUAUUCAUUCAAUAUAAUUCCUAGUUUUAAAACAUGGCUAAAACAUGCUUACCUCCAUCGAUCCAUCGAUGUUAAGUUCAUCUUCGAUAGUGAACGUUUCGGGUUGUUUAGCUCCGCAAACAUUCUCCAAAUAGCAGAUGACGCCCUUCGAGUUGUCUUCUUGCAGUUCUUGCCAUGUUUUCAGCCAUUUUUUCGCCUAGUUCUUACUCUUGAAAGGAGUGAAAUGUCCGCCAUUUUCAAGUUCACAACCAAACUGACAACUUAACCUCGUCCCCAGGUCUUCUCGGUUAACGGUGCAUUAAUCUGCGAGAACGCUGCAUUUUUUACGUCAUUUCCUCGCUAAAUACAAAAUUCUUCCAAAUUUGGUCAUCAGUAAGUGGUUAUGGUGAAUUAAACGCGUGCUUUUAGCCAAUCAGAGUGAGGGAAAUAUUUUGAAUGAAUAAUAAAGCAUCAUAUUGCACGCUAUUCUUUAAUUUUCAAAUUGUAACGUCUUAGCUUAACCUCUAUAUCAUAUGUAAGACCCUCAAAAAGGAAGGCCGUACCUUCCGAUAUAUUGGUAAAUAUAUAUAUAUUCCCGACUGUAACUGAAUCAGCCUUGCUUCUUUUGUUUUAUAUUUUCACUUAUAGCUGAUUAGAUCUUUUAUUAGGAUCCGGUCCUUCUUUUUUGUAAGCUGGUCCUUGAUUUGAAAAUUGAAUUUAUUAUACAUACUAUUUUAUUCUAUAAUGGCCACAUACACUAUAUAUUUGCACUGAAUUUGCGGUGUACAAAACGACUCAUUCUGAAAAUGUAAAUGGACAGGCUUAAUUUAGAGAGCAUACAAAACCAGCAGUAAUCGGCUCCUGACAAAACUGAAAAAAAAGAUAAAAGAACUUACUAGUUUAUUCAAGAGCGGAGAAGUUCUCAGAAAUCCGGCUAGUUAAUUAGGAGUUCUUAUUACAGAAAAUAACGCAAGCGAUAAACAAUACAAAUAAAAAGUUGUCUUUCACAACUUUAGAAAACCUGGAAGUAAGUGAAUCUAGGAUACACUUAGUUCCCAGGCCACGUGCAAAUCCAGUUUUUUAUUGUCCUUUCGUUUCCAGGCCCGUUCAAGACUUUCUUUUAAUUCUUACGCCUUUUCACAAUUCCACGCAUUUACGGGCGUAAGAACGCACAGUUCUUUUGUCGAGUGCAAAAUUUAGAAUGAAGUUCAAUGUAAAAGUCACUAUAGUCCAAAAUUCUCUUCUUUUAUGCUUGAGAUUCACAAGUCAACUCUGGUUAAAGCGGAUAAAUCAAACAAAAAUUCUGCAUAAAAAUAACAAAAGACAAAUAAUGGAAAUUGAUUUACCGAGGAACUAUCAACCUAAAUCAUUCAUUUAAGUGUAAACUUUGGGUCAUGAGACUCAAGUCAACUUAACUUGCUUCCGGCCACUUUUGGGAACGAAGGCAAUUCCGUACAUCCAUAUUAUCGAACAAAAACAACAGAAUUAAUAUUUGAUUCUUGCCAGUUGUUAGUCACGUUUCUCCAUAUUACCAUAUUUGUUUUACAAACAUUGACCACCGCUCUGGAAAUUACCACAUCCGCAUAACAAUCACAGACUUAUUGAAUAAAUAAAAGAAGUGAUAUUUCGGCUUUUGACUAAUUACCCGCAGAAAAGGUGAAGACAUCAGGAUAUUUUUCAAUAUCAAGAAAAGAACUGACUCUCUGCUACCACUUAAUUCUUGUGAAUUGAAAUUUAAGUGACCGUCGCUGUUUUCUCAGUUCGCUCGUGAUAGAGUUCUAGUUUAAUAAGACGACACUUUGUUAAUUUUACUUUUUAAUACACAGUUGUUACAAAGAUCACCGUUGGUGGUGAAAGAAAAGGGUUGUAAGAUUAAUUUUUGCGAAUGAAUGAGAUUUCUAUAUUUAUUAAAUGUCAGUCUCCUGGCUACCAACCAGAUAUCCCUCGAAAUCCAGGAGCGUAUAGACAAAAUCGGCUUUAAUAGCUUUCUUUUAAGAAAAAGCUCACUGACAAACUGUAUUAGCUUUUGUCUUUGUCAACGCACUCAAAAUCCCAAUGAAAAGGAUCUCUUGACGUUUAUGGACUCUUUUUACAAAUUAAUACCUUUCUCUGGUCAGAAUGGACGACGGCUGUAUUCUGCGUUCAAAAAUAUUUAAUUAUUUUCAAAAUAACUACAUUGAGUUAGUUCGUCAGGUGCAAUUGGACGCUUGCUAUUAUUAUCGGGACUUUGUUAUCAGCAAAACCCUCGAUCUUAAAACAAAUGAUUCAAUCUAAUUUUAUACCCAGAAACCACUUUCCCAGAAACAGACAUCUAAAAGAAAAAGAAAAUAGUUUUUAAGAGAUUUUAAUUGUUAUCACAACUUUACAGCAGGUCAACGCGAUCAAUUGGUCGACUAAGGCAAAGUAACCUUGGCUUAGUUGUGGCGGCAAUAAAUCUACUUGCUGUUGAAGCUCAUUCCAGCUGAAAAUGGCUUUGUAUGACUUUAAUGAAUCUUAAUUGCUCUUUAGUGUAUUUCAAAUCGUUCGUCAAGAAAGUAAAUAUUAUCUCGUGUUUAUAUGACUGCCUAGCACCACUAAGUUUUUGGUCGGUUUCUUUUCGAAGAAGCAAUUAAGAUUCAUUUCCUAUCGCCAUGUUUAUCGUAUAUUGAACAAUAAUUGGUUUUAAGGACCGAAAAAUUGCACAAAACGUGACAAAAGGUAUCGUAACCCAAAAUAUCUUUAAUGUACAAAUUCUAGAAGAAUUUUCUAUUGUUAUUGUUAUCUCGACUGAAAAUGCAACUUCAGUAGUCAUAAGUUUAAUCCCAAGAUAAAAUUCGAAUUCGGUCUAAGUGAAAGAGGCAUUGUCAUAACAAUAAGCUCUCCAGGGACACGACAGCUUAUUCAUAACAGAGUAAAAACAACUAUAUUCAAACGACAGCUCGAAGCUCGGCGGGAUUAAUUAAACAACGUCAACCUUUAACGUUUACAGCAAAAUUCAGCGACCAAAAACAUCGUCAAGCGAACAAGGAACUGUUAUCUAUGGAUCCAUCAACGUCCUGUCACUGAAACCAUCUACGAAUCAAGGAUGAUUGAGAAGAAAGAGAACGUGCUAAACAGUUGUUUGUGUUAAACGACAAGGUGAAAGCAAAAGGAAGGCAACUGAAGGCAUAAAACUGCUUUUAACGUAAACCGUGAAGAAGCAUGGCCGGAACGGGACAGAAUAUCUACGUGGUGGCUUCGCUGAGUAUUUUAUCAGUUCUCAUCGUUAUAUCAAACUUUUGUGUCUGCCUGUUGGUAUACUUGAGAAAAGCACUUCGAACCAACACAAACUGGUUAAUGGUAUCCCUUGCCGUGUCCGACAUACUGACUGGAGGAGUGUUACUUCCCUUGUACCUCGUAUUACCAACAUCUUUAGUGACAGGUUACGUGGUCUCUAUGAUACUACUAUCAGGUGUUGCCAAUCUAUGCGCGGUAACGUAUGAUCGUUAUACCGCUAUCAUAAAGCCAUUGGAAUAUCCGUAUCGGGCACCAAAGAUGCUCAAAAGAGCUCUGCUACUUUCAUGGCUGAUUCCAGCCGUAUACACCUUACUUCCGUUGUUUUGGGACACGAACCCUGACCUCAAAAUACACAAAGCGUACAUGGUGUGCCUGCAGUUCUUUGGCAUUGUUGUUCCCUACAUUUUCAUCGUUUUUGCCUAUGUAAAAAUGUUCAAGCAAGUGCGCCAGAGUUUAAGGAUGAAAAAGAGUAUUGAAUCUUCUUUAAGAGUACAUAAGAGUGAACGUAAACGACUUUCAUCCGAUUACAAAGUGGCCAAAGUGUUUUUCAUAGUGGCCUCAGCCUUUAUUCUCUGCUGGCUACCAAUAAUUUACAUAACAACCGCAGACAUUAUAAAUCGACUUGACAUCAUCCCUUAUUCCUUGCCCAUUGUUUCAUUUUUUACCAUAGCGACGAGUUCUUUAGUUAACCCGCUUAUGUACGCAUUUCUUAAGCCGGAUUUCAAGAUGGCCAUUCGAACAUGCUUUCAGAACACUACUAAAACGAACACUGCUUCCACCAUUCGGAGUCUACCACUUGCCGCACUGGCUGUUGGAGCAGGAAAAAAAUAUGAAGAAAGUUUAACGGAGCAACAGAAUAAGAUGAAAAGUGAUGAUUCUGUAAGAAAAGACAACAAUUCGAACAAUGCUUCUAUAGAAAACUUUUCUUCUUCUUGAAUUAUAACAUUGACUCACGAAUUAACUAACACUGUCCACACAUAUUUUAAGUGUUUCUAUAAGUACCUUUUAUCCUGUAAGAUAUCGAUGCAGUUUUACUAUCAAGACGUUUUGAAAUAGAAGACGCAGUGCAUAAAAGUCUUUUAUGUUUUAUGGUAAUGAAGCUCCAGUGAUGGAUAUAAGUGAUGGUUUAUUGUUUUAAACGCAAAGAUGAAGGUGACUUUUUCUUUAAUUAUUCAUACAAAGAUUGAAUGAAAGUCGGAGCCCCAUCAUGUUUUCAAUUUUUUUAUGCUAUUAAAUCAUUAGAGGGUUAUAACAGCCUGAAAACACAGGUGUCACCGCCAAUGGCGUCACUGUAAGGGGUUAGUGUGUAUAUAGACGGCGGUUUUCUUGGGCUGCCUUGUUUAUUCAUAGCAAUUCACUACUUUAAAAAACCCUUCGGAUCCUAGAUUCUGAUCAGUGAUCGACGACUGCACCACUAAUAUAAUAUAUAUCUGUAAAAAUUGCCUAGUCAAUGCCUCACUCUUUUAGAACUAUACCAUAUGCUGGUAAUAUCAAUUAAGUUUUAAGGUACGAAAAUGGCAUCACUGAGCAUGUGCUAGGUCAUUGUGAUGAGACACAUGGAAAACAUAAAAACUGGCAGUAAGCGAGGUAAAUUUAUCUUUUUUUAUAUGAGAAAAUUAUCAUGUAUGCCAGUGAGCUUCCAGAUUACUCCAAGGUCUCCCAGGAAUGUGAAGAGCUAUAUAGAGCCUAUUAUUUUAAAUCAGAGGUGAAACAAAUGAUUAAGUCGUUGCACGUCUUAUUAGGGAUCUUUAGAUUCUAAGACGAGGACGACUACGAAGACGAGAUUUUCUCAAUGCUAAGUAGUGCGCGCGCGGGAAAACAUGAUAGCUGUCUUCAUUCUACUACGGGUUUCAGCGAAUGUCUUAAUGACGGAAACAAGUUAUCAAAUGUUCAGAAGUUUAAACGUUGUUUCACAAUACAGUGUUCUAAGUCAGACUUAAAGAUUCCUUUUUAAUUUAGCUAACUGUGAUAUCGAAAUAUUUUGGUUUUCCGACAAGGCAAUAAAGUAGAUUAGCCACCGUAGGGUGAUUGGGCACAUACAACCCCGACUCUAUGGUAGUUCGUUGGACUUAAUUUCAUAAGAGCAUGUACGCAAGAAAAUAAACAACGCACAUUCUUAAUUCCCUUUUUUAAAAAAUAGCAAUAAAAGCGACUCACCCUGUGUUUUUUUGUGUUGUGUUUUUUACUGUCUGUUCGCUUGUUGAGCAAGGUGAUAAAACUAGUUAAAACGGUUUCAAAAUAGCUCUAGGAGCGAACAAACAGUAAAAAGCACAACGAAAACACAAUAUGAGUCGUUUUCGAUUCUAUUUUUUAAAUGGAAUUAACACUGUAUUUUGUCUAUUUUCUCUUGUAAAACUCAAGUCCAACCAAUUUCUAUAUAUAGAGUCUGAGCUUAAGAAGCUUAAGAAGUGAACAACAACAAGAAACAAUACAGCACAGAAAAAAAACAUAUUUUUCCAGGUAACAAAUAUCGAAAAAAUAAAAUAAACAGAUCUAAAGCUCCACCAAUUGCCUGGAUCCGCGAACAGAAUUUUUUCCUAAUCAAAACAAAAACAUGGCAGAGAGCUUAGUCAUGCUUAGUUGCUGAACGUUCCUUAGCAGUCUUAGCGUUCAAAGGCCAUUAGAUCGAAACAAAAUUCUCUCCAAAUGAAGGCAAAAUUUCAGGCACUAAACAGGCUCAUGCGUAAUAUAUGAAUGUCAUAAGUUAAUUACUUCAUUGAUCUAUUAUUUCAUUUGAUAUCUCACUGAUACCUCUAGUACCCCUUUUUUUUUUCAAAAAGUAUCAGAAAGUUUACUAAAAAAAAGUACUAGAACAAAUAAAGCCUUUGAGUAUUCCUGCAAAGGAAAACAAAGACUAAAGACUUAACAGUUUGCAAUAAGCCUGGUUGUCGUUUUCCGAAAGUUCCCCCUGGCUUGCAGAAACUGUGACUUGUGGUUAAUUCACAACACUACAAAAAAGCUCUUGAAAGGUUCUUUGAAUAGUGACCUUUUAACGUCCUGAUUUUAACCAUAUCUCAGAAUUCGAAUUUGAAUCGCUCAGAAGGAAAAACAGUACCAUACAGAGACGUUUUUAACAUUAUGUUUGCGUAAGAGAGAACUCUUGGAAUUCAAAAUUUUAGUUACCAACCACUUCUUCUUGGGACCAGUUUUUCCCAAAUAAGCAUGGAAAUGGCUAAAAAUACAGUUUUCAAUAUUUUUUAGCUUAAGCUGCUAGUUUAUGUUGGUAUUGUUGUAGGCGCCAUCUUUGAUUUCAUGACAGAGAAAGAUUGGAGUUUCAAAUGGCGCUUUCGCGAGCAAGACUAUUCGUGCGUACGACGUAAACUACUGCACUGCAGGCUAAUAUUUUUGGGAUAUUUUUUUGCUAAUUGGAUGUAAUUAAGCUUCAUCAGUUAGUUUUGGUACAUACCCAUAAGCGAAAAUUUAGACUUGGUUUGUUGUUGUUGUUUGUUUGUUUGUUUGCUUGCUUGCAAAUCUAUUUUGAUCCUUCUUUUCCCUUCUUUUCUAAAUCUAGUUUUGUUGCCAACUUUGUCGUCUUUCUUUCCCACGGAAUUUCAGCUGGUUAACUUUCCAAGAAAGUAGGAAAAUUUACCUGGAAAUGGCAGAAGGAGAAAAGCGAAAUUGGUAGUGAAUUUUCCUCGAAAAUGUUGGUGGGUUGUCUGUGUAUAACUCUGGCAGGAUUGGACCAAAUUCCCACAUGAGGUAUUUUUGCAAAGAUCUGUCCUUCCGUGUUUCCCUACUCACUAACUUAAUCACUUAAACUGAAAACUAAAUCGGUUGAGAAAUGCAUAAUCUGUAUCAUUCCAUAUUGACCCGACCCGUAGCCAAGGGGUUAGGUAACAGAUAGGAUGUGUUUUUUUGUAAGACGAGACUGUCACUUUGUAUGUACAGAUAAAAAAAAUAAUAAUAAACCAUUUAUUAUUCGUUCGAAUUAUUUAAGUUUUCGAUUGGCUUAAAUAGUGCUGCAAUUUAUUUUGUAAGGUCCCUGAAGGUGCACAGUCUUUUGUUUUCUUAAAUUGUGACUCAAUGUAUUAAUGAGACGUUUCUAUAGGUUAGUAAGAUUAAUGAUAGAAAUGGUUUGAAGGUUGCGCACGUUCAAGCCCACAAAAACACGUAACGAAGGAGUCUCACGGACUUCAUAACCAUUCCACUCUACUAAUAAGGAACCGUUGUUUUAUCUUUGUUUGUCACCUUUUAUAACUACUCACCUCCAUUAUAACUCUGAAUAGCCUGGCUUAUUUUUCAAAACUUGAGUCCACUGACCAAAUUUAUGCUAAUCGUUUGGUAGGCAAUUUGCACAAUGACAUAAUUUUACUGCUACUGUCAGAGUCCUUCAGGGUUUUGCUCUUCCGCAAUAGGUCAUUUACAAAUUCCAAAUUCUCUUGCUUCUAAAACGAGGCUAAGUGCAAAACCUUUCUUGUGAAAUAAGUUUUAUUUAAAUCAUCUUGCGCAUAUCAACGGCUGCCCAUUUAGCCUCGCCUUAGAACAGGGGCUUGGGUAACUCGGAAAAAGCCUGCUUAGGGCUUUUGACUUUCACCUUGCUGGGAUUACCAAAUUUAGAUAUGAAAGAAAAAUUAAAUCGUAUCAAGAAAUGAUCUAUUGUACCGGAUCAAAUUCCGCAAAACAAUAGGCUUUUGUCCUAGGUACUCCUGCCGAAACCACACAGAGCAGUCUGUGCAUAAUCGUCAAAUUUUUGGGCGUUACACACGUGCAAUAUUACGGGAGUAGAGACUCACAUUCACAAAUAACGACGUAAAUAACGACUCACAUUCAUACGAUUUUCUAUAUUUAUUACAUUUAUGGUUAAAAUUUAUUACAUUUAUAGUGAGCCAGAUUAUUACAAUUAUUAUAUACAUUUUGAUAUCACUGGUGAUCCCCGUAAUCUGAUUGGCUCUCAGUAGUGUGAUUUAUUCACGAAUCACACUAUUUUUUGCUCUAAAUCACAUCUAUUCCAAAUCGUGUCAUUCAUGUUCUAAAUCGGAUCAUUUCUGUUUUAAAUCGCACCAUUUUUGCUCUAUAUCCCAUCAUUUCUGUUUCGAUGCAAAGUGAGAUGUAACAGCCUUUCUACUUCCACUUUUCAACAAACCGGCUGCUUCAUCAAUAACGUAUUGGUAUUUAUGGUUGUUUUUUAUCACAUUUGUGGUAGGUAUUACAUUUAUGGUUGACUUUUACUGCAUUUAUGGUGAGUGUUACGUUUAUGCUAGAGAGAUUGAACUAAAAGAGCGACUCCCUGUGCCAUAUGAUAAUUAUUUGAAAUCUCUUAGCUCAUUAUCUCUUUGUUUAUGGUUGAUUAUUACAAUUAUGGGUGAUAAGCUUGUAUGUUUUGUUUUCCCAAUGUUCGUCAUGUGAUAAUAUUCUUGGGAACUGUUUCAUCCAACUUACGUCUUAUUCCCGUGCGUAUGUACGCAUAAUUUAUGAACAGACAAAGGGGAAAAAUCCCCUGAGAACUUCAUUGGGAAGACAAAACAUACAAGUUAAAGAGGUUUAUUACGAGUGAUUUUAGAGAAGCCACCCACAAUGUGAGAAGUAUGGUUACUGACAGGGCAAAUUAUUAAGGAAAAAAACUCAAAAUAAUUGUAAUCCGUUUCAUUUACUUUUUUUUUUAUUAUGCCACGACUGCCAUCACGCCAAGACGGCGGCUCAACUAAUGUGGCUGCGCGCAUGCGUUAGGUAGUGGCCAGAGGUCAGACUGCGUGUAAGUGUUUGAACGUGGCACUCUCCUUCAAUGUGCUUGCUGUGCAAAGUUUGAGAUAAUAGCUGCAAAAUUUCAGUUGCUUGGCCAAGACGAAAUAGCCAAAUUACUGACUAAAAAAGACUCCAAGGAUGUUAACUACUGUUUGAAGAAUAUACACAAGAUAAACUUCCUCUCCUAUCAUAAAAUUCCAGAGAAACUGGAAAAUACUUGGAAGGAAUCUUUUUGUGCAAAGGUAGGCUCAUAGAUUGAUUAAUUCAUUUCCAGUGUGAGGGUAUAGCCGUUGCAUUCGUUCGCUAGAAUUUUUAUCGUUUCUGAGCUUAAAAAAAAAUUUAAAAAAUAGCCCAAAUGAGUCUUCGGCUGACACCGACUAUACGCGUAUGCUCCAAAUGAUUCCAGUCUUAGAAAUAUGUUGAUUAGUAAUUUAAACACUUAUUGAAUUCGGCUUUUCUAUGAUGUGAGGAAUUAUGCAGAUCAAGUAUGGUGUUGUCGGCGUCGGUGGCUAACACCUCGAUUUGCAAUAUGUUUUAGUUUGUAUCAUACGGAAGUAAAGCACAAAAGCCAAAUUCAAUGAUAUAAUUGCAUAAUGGUGACUCGCAAACCUAUCCACUUUUUACGACGAGGUGGUGAAUAAUUGUUUUACCAAGCGAAUGAAAUAAAUGGUCUAAAAAAUGUACUUUUAUUUACUUUAUUAAGACGAAAGAACAAAAUUAUUUUAAAGAAGCUCUGUUCAAACGCGAAAAUGCUGCCAGCUAAAGAAGCGCAUGAAAUCGCUGAGGCCAUCCCAAAGAAAUUGUGAGGCCAAUCGGCUGUUGAAUAAAUUAAUGUCGAUAACAAAGCUGUCGUGCCAAACAUGGAGGGUUUUGAAAAUGAAGAAAUGAUCGUCGCAGUGAACGCAAUUUAUGCAAUUGCGUAAAGAAGCCUGAAAAAAAAAAUUCAGGACUUCAACGGGGUUUGAACCCGUGACCUCGCGAUACCGGUGCGAUGCUCUACCAACUGAGCUAUGAAGCCACUGACGUUUGGAGGGUUUUGGUGACGUCAUAAUUUACAAUUUUCGCAUUUACUGACUUAGUCCAGAGAACAUACAUCGAAUAUACAUCGUGUGAAGGUGUUCGAACGUGUCACUUGCUUUCAAUGUGCUUCACUAGGCGAGAAAUACUUCUGGAAAGUAGUUGAAAGUUAACCUAGAAUGAGAUGCUUCUCGCAAUCGUGAAGAACAAAGGAGAGGUUUUGAUGUGAGGCCACAUUUGCUGUUACUGCUGUCAAUUAACUACAGGAGGAGGGAUGAAAAACGAGCUCCCCAAAAAACGCCUGCGUGGGAGGCUAGAGGUGAUCAAGACAUUUUUUUUCUCUGUACUGCAACAAAAUGCUUCUAAUUCGAAGGAAAGAGAAUGCAGUUGAUGUUGUUGCAAAUAUUUGCAUGAUUUGAAAGUUCGGACAGAAUUAAAGACGCAAAUUUUCAUUCGGAUCAAAGAAAAAGCUCUCCACAUUCAAGUGUAUAUAACCUGAGAUUGCAAAGCCUUGCCCACAGUUUGUGCCGGGCUAAGAUGCCUGAGUAAGGUAUUCGCUGGGCACUGAUUAGAGGGCAACCAUCUAUCAAGACCUCACGCCAGAAUUAGGGUACGGUGACGCUGAUCGAGUAUCAGUUCAAGACGUUGUAGCUGGGCACUCAAGUGGGCACCCGGGGUCCCGUGCCAAACGUUUUCUGCUGCAGUAGAACCCGUUAAGCGAACACCGUUGGGCCUUUAAAGACGUCUGCUGGUGAUUAUGAGGUGGCCAUAUCAUCGGGGUUUCCGAAAUAACAAAAUGCCUCUGUGUUUCUCACCUUUGAUUAAAAAGAGUAGGAUCGUAUUAAGGACGUUAUCAUGAGUUGGGGUUUUACUGUACUUCCAAACCAAUAAACUGCAAUGUCGUUUUUAUUCGAUAAAACGCCGUAAGUGGAGGUAAAAAUACCAUUUAACGCAGCCCUCGAAUAAACGCCGUACCUUAUUUACAGAACGCGGCCUUUAUUCGGGGACUAUUUUCAAAGCGCGCUACAGCUUGGUAAUCUAAACUAUCCAGACAUUGACGAUUGUACUUUACAUAAUGAUUUACCGCAGCUGUUGUCAUACCCUGAUCCCAUAGGUUUUUCUUGAAGAUUUUUUCUCAGUGUCAGAAAGAGAGUCGCGAAGGGGACGUUGAGGAUAUCUCUUACAGCAGUUCUUGAGGUGUAUUUGCUUUUCUUUUCCAGUGAAGAAAAUUGCUUGCAAAGUAUCGCGUACUACAAUACUAUCGCGUGGUACAAUAUUCAUUGAUUCAAUAUUCAUUUCCUCUCUCUCGGAGAAAAAUUUAAAGAAAAACUUCUGGGACCUGGGUACUGCUGUCUGAAAUAAGCGGAACCUUUUAUUUUCAUUUUUCUUUUAACCGCUGAAGAAGAUUUGUUUUCAAACCGAAACACUGGGCAAUUUGUUUAAAUAUAUAUGUAUUUUGUUUUAUUUUUUUGCUUACUUCUUCAUCACCUUGCCGUAAGGAUUCAUUGGAUUUUAGGCAUUUUCAUUUCCUUGAAUGGGUAACCGUAUUGGGUCAUGGCGGACUGACGGAAUGAUGGAACGGAAUGGCGGAAUGCACAGAAUAUUCUACAAAACCAAAAAACGGAGUAUACUAAAAGACGGAAUUAAAAGAAUAUUCUAAACAAAACACGGAAUAUACGGAGUAUUCGAAAAUCAGGGCCCGCAGAGCAGUUUUCAAAGUGCGGGGGUCGAUCCACCUCUUUUGAAGUGUAGUUGGGGGGGGGGGGGGGGGGGGACUUUAAAAAUGGUUUACCUGGUGCCGAAUCAAUAUUUUUUAAUACAGUUACAACUCAUCAAUCAUUUUUUUAAUAGUUUAUCAAAUGAGAAAGGAGUUAUUACAAAAAAAGUGUAACCAUUCAUGCACAGCAGCAUCAAAAUUUUCGAGUUUCAUUCACUUCAAGGAUUUUGCGUUCUCUCCUAGCGGCUGUUUAGAACCUUUCUUGAGUCAUUGUUGAACGGAGCCAUGUUUUUAACCUUCAAGCUGCUGAAAAGGACCUUUUCCUGCUGCGAUGGUUGCAGGAUUUACCAGCAGAAGUUUGCAGAUCAGGGCAAUUGGCAAUUUCAUUUAUCAUGCUCUGCUGAGGUAGUUCCUGAAAUGUCAUCGAGUUCAAUUUGUUCUAAGAAAUCGUAGCUCCGUGGAGAUUUAAGAGCCUUGAUAAAGUAAAGACUCCAUUGUUUGUACAUAUACUACAUCACCUGACUGGUGAAAACGCUGAGGUCUACGACAGAGUGCAGUUUUGUAAAGAUAUUCGUUUUGAGGCUUACCACUGAUGAUAUAGGAUCGAAACGGACCAAUCAUAUAUUUGAUGCUCCGGCGAGGUUCGCCAGACGAAUAUUCUUACUCCAUCAAAGAUUCCUUUUAUUUGAAAUUGUGCAUUUUUUUUUUUUUCAAAAAUGUCGGGGACCUGCCCGAAAGCUGUUUUAUGUUUGCCAGGUUUACAUUCAAGACCAAAGUUGUAAUAAUUUUGUAAAUGAUAAAGUGUAACUAUCAAUUAACGAAUGAAUUGACUGGUUUGCGAGCUUGGAACUGUGCUACUAUUCAACAGGUUUUGAUUUUAAAAUUUCCCUUCAGGCCCAACGAGUUAUCGGACCUUUCGCGAAACGGGCCCCAGGGCGCUUAUUUACUUUUGGUGAGUUAAGGGAGGACGCUUAUUCGGGACUGGGCGCUUAUUUCUUUUCUGAGAAACAACCGAAAAUUUUAAAAUUUAUUUAAAAACGAACAAUACUGGAAACUGUAACGGACUGACGGUGAAUGUUCAGUUAACGUUAGGGACCCACCUUGAAACUUGCCGUGUAUUCCGCCAUUCCGUUCCGUCAUUCCGCCAUUCCUCCGAAUAGGGUCACCCGUGAAUCGUUGUUCAUGUAAAUUAUAAAGAAAGUUUACAGUCCAGCGUACAUCGAGUUUAUCUUGUUACCGCCUUCUUGUAAUGGACAUAGGUUCCUACAACGACCAGUGUGAAAUACAACUCUUUUUAUGCCGACGACCUCAAGACCACGAGAUAGUGUCCAUAACAGCAGGAGUCGGUAAUAAUGGGUGUUUGUAUUGAAUUUAGCUUGGUAUCCGUAUUAUCGUGUUGUCCAUAAAGGUAAGGUUUCCUUCAGGCCGAAGGUGAUUUUAUAAGGAAAAUAUAGUAUCACAGGCAACGAAGAAAACCGUCUUCAUUACCCGCGGGAAUAUGACCAGAGAUAUAACGACAUUUUAGUGUUCAUUGCCAUGAAUGAACGCUAUACUGUACUAAUAUUUCAUAAAACCAAAAAACAUGAACUCCGAGCACAAAAUGGCGCCACAAUUAUUAUCAUAAUCAGACAAUCAUUAUCGUCAUCAUCCUUAUAAUUAAUAUUAUUAUCGCACUAAAAAGUCCUUCUCCCCAUUGCACAUCAUUUGCCAGCGUCAUUGUGCCUCAAUGACUACUAAUUUUGCGGAAACUUCGAAUGCGCUGGAACUGACAUGAAACAGAAUCGUUUAUAAUAAUCGGAAAAUGGGCCAUCACAGAGUGUGGCCCAGCUCACAUAACAGAAAGUUAAAUGCCAUCACGAAAAGCAAAUCUUAAGUACACUGAUAUUAACAAAACAUCUCAGUCUCCAUCGUUUAUGCUCAAGUUCUGUCUUCUAUGUAAGUUGUAACAAGGCAUUUUUGGCCUUUUGUUGCCACAAGUUCUUUAAGUCUAGCUAAAUAUUGAAAUAUUAUAAAGAGUAAUCCUCAUCAUUCCUUGACAGGCUGUUACAACCGAUAGCCCAAAGACAUGUUUCUUCAACCAAACUUUAAGGCAGUUCACCCGCGGUACUUCAACAAAAACCUUCAAGAGGAAAAACCAUUUUGCCCUUUGUCAUUCAAUAACGAUCAUCAGUUCUUAGCCAUAAAAACAUUCUUAUGAAACACUGGCAACUGAAAGAGAACCAGCCUCUUCUAGGACAGAUCUACAAAGAACCUCCAAUUAUAUCGUACAAAUGAGGAAGGUCUCUAAAGGACACUCAUAAACGCCAAACUCUGAGAAUGAAAAGCUAUAAACGCAACACGUUGUUGGAGGGCAUGAGUCAGGUUUGUCAAUUAUUAUAUCACUUGUAAGAAAGAAAUAAGGGCUCUGAUUGUUAAAAUGUAGCCAAGUUUGGAAAUCAACGGUACAUUUUAUUAGGGUUAUAAUUGACAAUUAUUCCACGAGUGCGUGUUGGAUAUGAGUUGGCUAUAAUCAUCGGCACAUCCAACAAGCGCGAGUGGAAUAAUUGUUUUAUCAAAAACGCCACAAAAUGUCGAGAAUUCAUUCCCAACUUUAUUAGUGAAAACAACCGAUUUUCAGCUUGUUUUUAAUUUGAGCAGACGCGUAAAGUUACCAUAUUUGGGGAGCAUAGUUCGCUAAAAAUACUUAAGACCAGCGAAUUGUAUGUUGCAAGCAAAUUGUUAAGCAAAACUGCCCGUUAACGCUAGUUAUCAGGAAUUUUCUACUCUAGCCUCAGCCUCAUUUUCAUGUUGGCUCCAUAGGUGAAAAUUUGAAACUCCCAUAAUUCUCUUCUCAGUAGGUUGCAAAGUUGCCACCAAACUUUAUAUGUCUAGUAGGUUCUAAUAAACAUUUCUAAACUAGUGAUGGAAUGCACUUAAUUAAUUUAAAACGGCGGAUCCAAGAUGGUGGAUGGUUCCAGAUCUUUCUUUAUCAAAACAAAAGACGUCAUCACGACGUCACUGCUACUCUUUAACAUAAUGUGUUUGCCAAGGUCUUGAUUUUGUCAGAUACCUUGUUAUUUGACUAUUUUGCGCUUUGAGGGAAAAAUUACGGAAUUGGAUUUUGCCAAUAAAUUUCCAACACCCAGACAUAACUUGAUUGACACAAUGACGUAAUUUGAUGUCAUUAUAAAGUCAUAUUAUUGAAUAAUAUGUCUUUAUAAUGACAUCAAAUUACGUCAUUGUGUCAAUCAAGUUAUGUCUGGGUGUUGGAAAUAAAGAGUGAAUUAUUCUGUGUUAUUGUGGUGGCCUUAUCAUGAGCGGCUUUGAUAUAAAUAAUAAUCAUCGUCAUCAUAAAACAUCCUCAAUAAUGAUAACAAUAAACUAAUAUUAUUGUUAUUGUUAUUAUUUUUGUUGUUGUUGUUGUUAUUGUUUUUGUCGAUGAUGAUACCUAUCAUUGGAUUUACUUGUCCUCCGACCAACCAUUUCGACUUUAUUACAAAGUACAACUAGUUAUUUUAAAGUGCGACAGCUUAUUUUAUGACACAGUGCGAUUUUCUGUUAUUACAAAGUGCGACAAGUGUUAUUACAAAGUGCAACAAUUUUGUUACAAAAUGCGACAGGUUUUACAAAGUGCGACAGAACAGCCACGCUCGCGUUUCAAAAUGACAUCUGGAAGGGCAACAUGGGGCAAAUAUGUAUCUGGUAUACAGGUAUCUGUCGGAUACCCAAGGCGUGUACACAACAACGUUUGCCGGUACCCAGGCACUAUUCCCCCACCCCCUGACAUAAGCGCUUACUGUGAACAUAACCUAAGACAGAAUCAUUUCAUGUCAGGAAUUAUUUUCCUUGGAAAGAGUCUGAUGAAUUCAGCUUCAGGUAGGAGAUAUUCUUCAGGUCAUCUCGAUGGUGUCCAAUCUCGUACCGAGAUCUCACUCUGUCUCACGCUGAAAAGUGAGAUCUCCGCUUCCCUUGGCCGUGAGAGAUCUGGCUACGAGAUUAGAUGGUGUCUACAAACUCUUGGGCAUAAACACUUGAAGAGUUUAUACCCAGUUUUUAUGCCCAAGCAAAGCUGAAAGGCAUAUUGUUUUGCUGUUAGGUGGAAAGCGCAGUAUAGUCACAUCUGGAAUAGCCAAUCGGGAUAGGGAAAUUAUUCUAUUGGCUGACUUGGUGUACAAGAACUUACUUUAUUAGAUUUAUCUACAGCAAAAUUAUGCAAUAGCAGGCUCAACCUGUCGACCAAUAAUAAACAAUUAUUGGAUGAGGUUGGGCAUGAUAUCAGACACGAGGUUUUGAUAAUUCAUGACAUCAUGCGAAAACCGAAUUCAAUAAUUGUUUUAUUAUACACUUUUUAAACAAUAGGCAAAAGAAGACAUUCAGCCAUUCUGUUUCUGAGGAGAACACUCCAAGGGGCUUGGUAACCACGCAGACGUUGAAAUUAACAUGAUAAAUGCAAUAUCUGCAGCAGAUAUUUCAUUUAUCAUGUCUAGUUCACAAGCUAUUGUGAAUUGAUUGGAUACUCUCGACCAAUCAGAUUUUUCAUAGUGAAUCUGAUAUAUAAUUAUAUUUGUUAUAAUUAUUUUUCCAAUUAAUAUGGCAACGAAUUAGUUCCACUAUUUUUGUCUUUUUUCAGUCUCUCUUCUUUUUUAUUAGUCCCUUUCGUACACUUGUUGGUAAAUCUGCGGUAAAAUAUAUACUACUACUAACACUACAGAUCAGACCACGUAAACUCUGCCAAACUUAGUUCAAACAAAGUCUCGGUCAAACUUUCGAUUAAGUUAAGUUUUUUAGAGAUAUUCAGUAUAUUGAGUGUUCAUUAAGCCUGGUUUUCGUCAGCGCCGACACGGAAAGAAGCAUUUACUUGAUAAGAUCCCUAAUCUUAGGGAAAGUUCAUUUAAUAUGACAAGGGGGGGGGAAUGAAGAUAUUGAGGGGGGGCUCCAAAAAUUUUUAGACACCCGAAGGGGGGGGCUCUGAAAAAAUUGUUGCGCUAGGAGGGGGGGCUCCGAAAAUUUGUAUACUUCAAAACCAACACAUGACAUCAUCAUACAGAUCGGAUGGUUUUCAACUCAACAAUUUAAUGACCUGUGCAACUCAGCUAUAUCACGUGGUUUACUGAUAUAACAAAUGUAGUCUCAGUAAUUAUUACACUCUUGUUCAUCCCAAAAAUGCUUUAGAAAAUUGUAACACAACUGUAUCUCAAGUUUGUCAUAGUAUAAACCAUUGAAGACAACAACGGUAAAUAUAUUUAAUACAGUCUAGCGAUCUUUUUUCAGGGGAGCAAAGGAAUUGAAGGAGGAGGGGGGGGCGGCUCUGAAAUUUUUUCGACUACCAAGGAGGGGGCUCCUAAAAAAUUGAACCGCUAGCGAGGGGGGCUGCUAAAAUUUCAAGCUUCGAGUUUCAAUAUCUUCAUUUCCCCCCCCCCUUGUCAUAUUAAAUGAACUUUCCCUUACCGCGAAAAAAUCCAUUUCCACACAAAACCUUCAAAAAUAAUAUUUUAAUUUGGGCUCGUUUUUAAUUGAAACUUGUCAAUUACAUAAUUAUCAUAUUUAAUACAGUACGCUGGCGUUCAUUUUCAGUUGAACAAGGUCUCUAUAUCUGCGAGGCGACUGAAAAUCAGGCUGAAUACAAAGAAUUGGUUGAAUAAUACAGAAACGCUGACUUAUAAUAUGGCCUUUCAUAAAUGGCGAUUUUUACUGGUUUUUAAUUGUACAAUACGUAGUCGUUCCUUUUUACUUGAUGAAAGACUUCUGCAGAACUGAGUGAAAAUACUUACAACUUAAAAGCCAAAAAAAGAAACAAACAAAAUAAAAAACUAUUAUGUUGGUUUUGAUGAAUACAGUUUUUUUGAUGGGGUUUGAUUGUAUUUCGUAGAUAUUUUUGGUAUUACAGCUGGCCAAAAUGAUUUAAAAGGAAAGUUACCCACAUGAUUUAUUAAAUUACAUUAGGGUGAUUAUGCUGACACCGCUGGCAGUAUUACAUUUCAUAUUUCCGUGUUAAAAUCAAGCCAUUCAUAAGACGGUUCAAAAUUGUUAGAUUGUUAUCACACUUUUCAAUGGAAACUUUUUCUCAUAAGAUUUCGUUUUAGUGUGCGAUUUCUAAAUUAACAUAAUGACCCAAAACCUCUAACGCUAGAAGCAAACUGUGUUACCUUAAGUUUUAAGGUUAAGAAAGUCUUUAUCUCAGACUUGAUUGCAAAGUCAAAGAAGCCUCUGUAUGUUUCGAGUUAAAAAAUAGCCAAAUGCUUAUUCGCUGAAAACUAUGGAACAAAAAUUAGGUUAGUUAACAGAUCUGCAGACUGAGUAAGUUUUGUUUUAUCUAUUAUAACAUGGUAAUUCUACCACAAUUUGUUUUCCCUUCUUGAAACGAUUCUAAGAAGAAAUUAAAUUAGUCUUCGUCUGAGUGCAAGAUGUUUGUUCAUCGGCUAAAGUGUACAAUUUUAGCACUUCCGUGAUUUGCAACUGUCACUUUCCAUGAACACCGAUUAAAGAUAGAUGAAAAAGAGCUCGCAAUUCAUCAAAAUAAAACGCUCUUUUAGCGCCUUCCUAUUGGCUGAUUACAAUUUUAACACCACAACUCAAAUACAAACUUAAGCAAUUUUUGUAGUUCACCGCAAUACUUUAUGCGCGUUUAAAACAAUGUGGGGCAUGCAGUAACGAUUUAUUAUUUUCCAGUUGCAACAACUACAUCGCCUGCACGAAACAGUAACCACUCUUGAAAAAGUGAUCAAUUUUUUUGGAACAUAAUUGGGAAACGUCGAUUGUUUGAUUGUGGUCUUUAGAGUGACAGAUUUAUGAAACAUUUCUUAAAGCGAUUGAAUAGUCAAUUGGGUUUGCAUUCGGUUAGGAUUUACAGGUCAUCAAACUUUCAAGGAAAAGCCACAGAUCGCUUGUUCAUUAGAAAUGGCUGAAAGCUCCCUUAUUACUGUCGCAAUAACUGUUUUGUCCGUUUUAAUCGUGCUGGCCAAUGUGACCAUAUGCCUCUUGGUUAUCAGCAACAGAUCUCUGCGGACGUACACCAAUGGUUUUCUUGUUUCGUUAGCCAUAUCUGAUAUUCUUCUUGGUGGUGUCCUAUUCCCGGUAAUUCUCAUUAUCCAAGAAUCAGUGGCAAGUGGAUAUCUUAUCUCGGUAAUUCUGUUAUCGGGAAUUGCAAACCAUUGCUGCAUCACUUUCGAUCGAUUCAUCGCCGUUCGCCAUCCAUUCUCAUAUUCGUUUCUAAUUGACAAGUACUUCAUUAAAAUGGUAGCUACUGCUUGGCUUCUCGCAACUGUCAUCUCACUGCUGCCAUUGUGUUGGAACACUGACCGCACACUUACAAUCCACCAAGUUUACAUUUUUGUGGAGAUCCUGCUUUUUAUCUUCGUUCCUUAUCUAAUGAUUUUCAUUGCCUAUUUUUUAGUUUUCAAGAAGCUCCGCGAGCAUUUUAGAAUGUUACAGGAAACUACGGCAAUAUCAAUAUCAAGACGGGAGCAGACAAAGAGGCUUUCUUCUGAAGCCAAAGUUGCUAAAGUCUCCCUUAUCCUGAUUGCAACGUUUGUUCUUUGCUGGUUUCCAAUCAUCUACAUGACCUCCGUAACAGCUCUUGGAAGACCAGAAAUAGUGCCUGACAUAUUGCCCACAGUUUCGAUGUUUACGUUGGCUCUAUCUUCCUUAAUAAACCCGUUACUCUAUUCCUUUAAGAAGGAAGACUUCCGAGCGGCUGUAAAGAGGGUUUUUCCGCGAAUUGUAACAAAAAGGCAGGUUCAUCCAGCGGAACAGAGAAAUGGGAAUGAACCAGCGGAGGAAGCUGUCACAGUUGCAACCCAGUGAAAGAUUUGGCAAAAUUAAAGACCUUUUAUUCCAAUCGAGUAUUUUACCUGUCAGAGGAACGAAUUUUCUGCGCAAACUUCCUGUUAUUAUAUUUGCGCCUUUCUUUUCAAAGUACUGUGUAGUGACGUCGUAAAGUGAUCUUUAAAUUACAGACCGCAAUCUAUAAAACCUUAACACUCUACUACACACAUGCAUACCCAACAAUUCUUUAGGACGCACGAGGGGUCAUAGUUGGGUUGAAUAUCCCGGCAGGUGUUUGUUUCUGUGCGCUCAUACACACUGGAAUUGUUCCCGCGACAUGGCUUCGCGCCAAGUUAAACCUGCUCUAACUUCACCAGGCACUUCGUGGGGACAAAAUGGAACGGGCGCGCCAUGAACUUUCAUGCAUAGGGGUGUUGGCUCGUUUGUUUCUGCUAACUGUUGAUCCGUGCCAACUAGCGUUUUCAAAUUGUUUUAUACCGUCCAUACCAAACCAUCGAAAACGCAGUUCGGAGAUAACUUAUUAUUAAGUUUAUUCUCGACGCAUGUAAGCAGGUGAACGUGUCGUGCACUAGUAGCUUUGGCGUCAGCGUUUUUCACAACGCCUUCGUUUUACCCAUCCUUGCAAGUAUCUACUAUCGAGGACUUCUCCAAAAAUAUCCGUGUUGAAAAACAUAGUUUUUCGAUCGUUUUCUUGUUUUAUGGUGGGUGUAAGGUAAAGAGACAAAAAGAUGCUUGCGUCUUUAAACGAAAACGGAACAUUACAAUCGAGCACAUUUUAACUUGCCAAUUAGAACUCCCAGGUGGAAAUAAAGUGAUCCUAAUCAAAUUUUCAUUCAAUUAAAAAGUUCUGUUAUCAAUAACACGGACAAAAAAACAGUGAAGAUGAAUUUAAUCGCUAGUCUUCCGCUUUCUGCACAUUUAUCGGUGGUCCGAGGGCACCGCAGCCCUCCUGUUUUCUCUGCACUUUUGUACUACUUUUAAAGAAUUCUUAGUAGAAUAAAAUGCUACCUGCUGCAUUUCUUGUACUUGGCGGGACCUUUUGAAAAAAUUACAAAUGAUAUUGUAAACAGAAUUAAAUUUUUGGCAUUCUGGAAUUAUAAUUAUUCAUCAAAGACAUGAGAGUGAGACAUAAAACAACUAUUUUUGGCGAACUUACACCAUUCGUAACGAGGGCUGUCGUGGGUGUAAUGAAAUAAAACGGUUGAUAAAGGACCCAACCCACUUAGAAGGACGGUGCAGGUUGUAGUAUAACAUUGAAAAUAAAGCUUUAAAAGAGAUGCAGGUCCAUCCACUGUUUCUUUGCUCUGUACUUGUCAUGAACUACUUCCCGCCGUGACACUUUUUUGACAAUUUGUAAAGGCAAAAUUGAGAAAUAAGCAAAGGAAUGCACUUAUCUGCUCGGAGAUUUUAAUUCAGAGAAUUGUGAUAAAUUGUGCGACUAAUGCACAGACUGAUGAAAUAUUUCAUUUCGACUAUUUUAAUUUGAUUUAUAUCAUGGGUGACGUGAUGAUUAUACCUCGAUGUACACGCUUCUGAUUCAGGUGCCAUCUGUUGUUUUUAUAAAUAUUACAAUGCUUUCCCACCGAAGUGCAAAAAAACAAAGAUGGUUUACAUUGGCCUGAUUUAAUUUAUUAUCCACAUUUAUUAAGACAAAUAUAUAUAUAUAUAUCGUUCAUUUCUUUCUUUGUCUUCUUUCCAUUACGCUCUUUUUACGGCUUUAAAAUGAAGAAACGAGAAAACAGACAAUAUUAGACCUAUAGCUACAUCCAAUGUGUGAUUUAGAAGACUGUGCUCGGCUUUCAAAAGAAUCGAUAUAUAGAUCAAAUCUGAUGUGAUAUUGGUGGCGGUGUAGAGUUUGAUGUGGGGAUCUUUGAUUUAAUCGGUAUCAUGAAAGUCCUAAUGGUCGUCAAUCAUACAUGUAUGCAUGUAUAUGGUUUCUUGGUUUCUAGUGAAAUAAAAUGUUUUGCAAAAAAAGUAACAUCCAUUUCCUCCAAAAAAGAACUUGGCCUUGAAAUCGGCCUAAUUUCCUGUUCAAUUGAUUCACGUUUCAAACUUUGAGUCCCUUUUCAGAGGACUGUAUCUCAGAGUGUGAUUGCCUUAAAAGCCUUUCUGCAGCUCACAUAAUUUUAAUUGCCACUUUCACUAAAAGUGGAUAGCUCCGGCUUUUCUCAGGUCCUCAGUUAUUAGACAAAUCACUAAGAAAUAAAAAUGAUUUCAACCGACUCCGAAAAAAUUUUUAUCAUUGAACUUUGAAAAAGGAUUCUGAACGUGCUCUUUUGCACCUUUACAUUGAAAGCAAAAGUAAUAGUUAUCAAAGUUUAAAUGCUAACAGCAAUAAACAAAUAUUUUUAGCAUUUUUAAAUCGGUGGGGAUUUCACAGCCGCUACAUGCAAUUCACACGUCUUAAAAUCUUCUUUAGACUAUUUAGGCUAUAGCUUCUCAUUUCCUCGAGCUAUUGUGUAUUAUAGCCUUAUACUCAAGCGUACCGUUUGAUGCCAAGUUAAAAGAUUAUCUAAUAAGGUUAGAUUAGAAGCGUUAACUCCGAGCAGGCGUAAUGCAAGUUCAAUUUCCCCCAUUAGCUAAAACAUAGAACCCACACCUUGCUGCACGAAAGAAGUGCCGAGAUAUUUCGACGUCAUUGAACAAAGAAUCAAUGCAAUUUCAUAUUCAGACAACAGUUAUUUUUCUUUUCAUUACAGGGCAUGCACAAAAGCAAUUAAAAAUUCUUUGGCAGUCAUAUUGUAAUUCGUCUGCACUGUUUUGAAUUAUUUCACAUUUGUCUGGUACAUGCAAUUUAUAUAAUUCUCUCAGAAAUUGAUGCCAUUUUCUCAAUGAUGCGCAGGUUCUAUUUAAAACGAAGCAAAGGGGUCUAGGCAGUCAAUUAUUAAAAAAAAAGGAAAAAGGUCAAAAAAGGGCCUUGCGAUGGCGAAAUAGUCAGAAUUAACUCAUUUAUUAUUUAUACAAUUUGUGCCUUUUUGAAUUUCGUAAAAUUUCUCGACAUAUUUGAAUAACAUCUUAUCGAUAUUCAUUGUAGUUUAACCUUGAAAUAUCAACUGACAGCUACAGUGACUUUCAACAGUUCGCUUAUUUUAGGGAAAAAGAAGAAUAUAGCGGUAUGAUUUUUUUGCCUUUUUAUUAGUAGUGAAACCCCGACAAAUAACUGAGUACAAAUUGACAUAGAAAGUGACAAUCAUUUCAGCGAUAACAGGAAAUGAAAAACGAGUGUUCCGGGAUAUCAAAUAAGACGGUAAACCUAUGUGGAUUGGAACUCGUGAUUAGCUUGUAGAUUUGUUUGGAUUCAUAUUACUCAUUUCCUCACUACCGUCAGUCAGAAAAUUAACAUUUGUUUAGAAUUCUCCCAGAAACUAUUAAAAGCCCGUCUUCUGCCAUCAAGCAAUCAAUGUAACAAAGGCAAAGGAGUAAACAACAUAGAGGAACAACUAAACAGCAUCACUAACGGCAAAAUCGCCACGAUAUAACCCAGAAGCAUCCCGACAUGAGCGAACUUUCCUGGACUGACAUCUCUUUGAUCUGCAUUUCUGUCCUCAUAGUGGCCACUAACAUGGCCGUUUGUGCGAUUGUUGUCUCAAAUCCGCGACUUCGUACUUAUACUAAUGGAUUUCUUGUAUCUCUUGCUGUGUCUGACAUUCUGACCGGAGGAGUAUUCUAUCCUAUUCACCUCAGUGGCCCCACCUCGGCAGCCGCCGUCUCAGAAGGCUAUUUGAUUGCAUUUGUGCUGUUGUCAGGAGUUGGGAAUAUUUGCUUGGUGACUUGGGAUCGCUACAUAGCUGUCGCCAAACCUUUCCAGUACAAAGAAACAGUGAAAGCCUAUUUUGUAAAGCUGAUUAUCGGAACCUGGGCAACUUCGUUAGUAAUUGCUAUUUUGCCAUUGACAUGGCAGACUAACUCCAAUGUGCUAAUUCACAAGGUGUACCUUUUUCUUCUCAUGGGCUUAUUUGUUAUUAUUCCUUACGCUGCUAUAUUUUGUGCCUACUACAAAAUCGGAAGGGAGCUAAGACGACACCAUCAAAAAAUUCGAAAUCGUUCUUCAAAUGCGCUUUCGUCCAAAAGAGUAAGAUCGGAGACUAAAGUGGCGAAGGUUUUUCUUGCUAUAGUCAUCAUAUUCGUGUUAUCGUGGCUGCCAAUCAUUUACAUGACAACUGUCGAAAGUCUCAACAGGCCUCACCUUGCACCUGGCACUCUUGAAACUGUUUCUCUGUUUACAGUGGCUCUGUCGUCCUUAGCAAAUCCAUUACUGUAUGCAUUUAUGAAAGAGGAUAUUCUCCGCGAAUUUAAGAAAAGGUCAUCUCUGCGAAGGAGACGUUCUCUAUCCUUAUCCUUAAGUGCGGUUGAGCUGAAAACAACAACAUCGACCACGUGUGCUGUUCCAUUGCAACCGUCCCUUAAGUAUCUGCAAUUGACGUGA